CAGCCAAGUGGUCCCAACCAGGAGCCCUUCAAGCCUGACAUGGACUAGAAUCGAGUUGUCUGGACCCAGAGCCUAGCCUCCAAUCCCUAUGCUCAGGAAUCUUUCCAACGCCCAAGGCCCUGCAGAUGUCGUCAGGAAAGUGGUGAUCUAGGCAGGCCCAGGCUGCCCGGACAGGACAGAAGAAAUGGAGGCAAACGACCAUUUUACUUUACUGGCCUUCCCCCCGCACCUGCUGCCUCAGGACUGAAACCCUCUCCUUCAGGGGAGGGCCUCUACACUAACGGGUCUCCCAUGAACUUCCCUCAGCAAGGGAAAAGUUUGAAUGGGGAUGUGAAUGUUAAUGGCUUAUCUACUGUAUCUCACACUACUACUUCAGGGAUUUUGAACUCUGCUCCCCACUCCUCCAGCACCUCACACCUCCAUCACCCCAACGUGGCCUAUGACUGUCUCUGGAACUACUCGCAGUACCCACCUGCCAAUCCUGGCAGCAACCUCAAGGACCCACCCCUUCUCUCUCAGUUCUCGGGGGGACAGUACCCACUGAAUGGCAUCCUUGGGGGCAGCCGGCAACCUUCAUCCCCAAGUCACAACACUAACCUUCGGGCUGGGAGCCAAGAGUUCUGGGCCAACGGUACCCAGAGUCCCAUGGGGCUUAACUUUGACUCACAGGAACUAUAUGAUUCCUUUCCUGACCAGAAUUUUGAGGUGAUGCCCAAUGGACCCCCAAGUUUUUUCACCUCCCCACAGACUUCUCCUAUGUUGGGAUCUAGCAUCCAGACCUUUGCGCCCUCCCAGGAGGUGGGCAGUGGUAUCCAUCCCGAUGAGGCAGCAGAAAAGGAGCUGACUUCAGUUGUGGCAGAGAAUGGCACUGGCUUGGUUGGCAGCCUGGAGCUAGAGGAAGAACAACCAGAACUCAAGAUGUGUGGCUACAAUGGCUCUGUUCCUUCUGUGGAAUCAUUACACCAAGAGGUCUCAGUUCUGGUUCCUGAUCCCACAGUGAGCUGUUUAGAUGAUCCUUCACAUCUUCCUGAUCAACUGGAAGACACUCCAAUACUCAGUGAAGAUUCUCUUGAGCCCUUUGACUCUCUGGCACCAGAGCCAGUGAGUGGAGGACUUUAUGGUAUAGAUGACACAGAGCUGAUAGGAGCAGAGGACAAGCUGCCUCUUGAAGACAACCCUGUGAUCUCUGCCCUAGAUUGCCCAUCCCUCAAUAAUGCUACUGCCUUCAGUCUCCUAGCAGAUGAGAGUCAAACAUCAGCCUCUAUCUUUGCCAGCCCCACCUCUCCACCUGUCUUAGGGGAGUCUGUCCUGCAAGAUAACAGCUUUGACAUGAAUAAUGGCAGUGAUGCUGAACAAGAAGAAAUGGAGACUCAGGCUUCAGACUUCCCUCCACCCCUAACCCAGCCAGCCCCUGACCAGUCAUCCACUCUUCAAUUACAUCCAGCAGUCUCACCAACAGCCUCCUCCAAAAUCUCGCCAGAAGUUUCCCCAGCACUUUCUCCAGAAGCUUCUCCCCAUCUCACCUCUCCGGCAGUCUUCCCAACAGUCUCUACCACUUCCUCAACAAUCCUCCCGGCAGUCUCUGCAGAAGCCUCCUUUAUAGCUCCAGUAGCCUUCCCACAAGCCUCCCCUGUAACUUCUCCAGCAGCUGCCUUCCCAGCAGCCUCUCCAGCAGACAAAGAUGCCCACACCUUCCCUGAAGCUGCUGCUGAUCUGGAAGAGAUCUCCGAAGGAGUCAAAACUUCUGGUAGCAGUGAUGUUCUGAGGAGACGUAUUGCCACUCCAGAAGAAGUCCGUCUUCCCCUCCAACAUGGGUGGCGGCGAGAGGUGCGUAUCAAGAAGGGAAGCCACCGAUGGCAAGGGGAGACAUGGUAUUAUGGCCCCUGUGGGAAGAGGAUGAAACAAUUUCCAGAAGUUAUCAAGUACCUGAGUCGCAAUGUGGUACAUGGUGUCCGUCGUGAACACUUCAGCUUCAGUCCUCGUAUGCCUGUUGGAGAUUUCUUUGAAGAGAGAGAGACAUCAGAGGGCUUGCAGUGGGUACAACUCUCAGCAGAAGAGAUUCCAUCCAGGAUUCAAGCAAUUACUGGCAAACGGGGCCGACCUCGAAAUAAUGAGAAGGCUAAAACCAAGGAAGUCUCCAAGGUGAAACGUGGCCGAGGUCGACCACCUAAAGUCAAAAUCCCUGAGCUUUUGAGUAAGACAGACAACCGCCUCCUAAAGAAAUUGGAGGUUCAAGAAACAACAAAUGAGGAAGAUAAAACAAAGAUGAGUAAAAGCAAAAAGAAGAUGAGGCAGAAGGUACAACGGGGAGAGUGUCAGACUCCUAUCCAAGGGCAGGCCAGAAACAAGCGGAAACAAGAUACCAAGAACUUAAAGCAAAAGGACACUAAGAAGAAAUUUAAGGCUGAGAAGGAAAAGAUAAAGGUAAAGCAGGAAAAGCUGAAGGAAAAAGUGAAGAGGGAAAAGAAAGAGAAGGUAAAAAUGAAGGAAAAGGAGGGGGUGGCCAAAGCGAAGCCAGCUUGUAAAGCAGAUAAGACCCUGGCCACACAGAAGCGCCUGGAGGAACGACAGAGGCAACAGGUGAUCUUGGAGGAGAUGAAGAAGCCCACUGAAGAUAUGUGUCUGGCUGACCACCAGCCUCUGCCUGACUUCACACGCAUCCCUGGUUUGACAUUGCCCAGUAGGGCCUUCUCAGACUGCUUGACUGUUGUGGAGUUCCUGCAUAGUUUUGGCAAGGUGCUGGGCUUUGACCCUACCAAAGAUGUACCUAGCCUGGGGGUCCUGCAGGAGGGACUCUUGUGUCAAGGCGACAGCUUGGGCAAGGUUCAAGACUUGCUGGUGAGACUCCUGAAGGCUGCACUCCAUGAUCCUGGCUUGCCCUCCUACUGUCAGUCCCUAAAGAUCUUGGGAGAGAAGGUGUCUGAGAUCCCUUUGACAAGAGACAAUGUGUCUGAGAUUCUGCGCUGCUUCCUCAUGGCAUAUGGAGUGGAGCCAACCUUCUGUGACAGCCUGCGCACCCAGCCUUUUCAGGCCCAGCCACCUCAACAGAAAGCUGCCGUUCUGGCCUUCCUUGUGCAUGAGCUCAAUGGCUCCACCCUCAUCAUCAAUGAGAUUGACAAGACUCUGGAGAGUAUGUCCAGCUAUAGGAAAAACAAGUGGAUUGUUGAAGGCCGGCUCCGGAGACUGAAAACUGCUCUGGCCAAACGAACUGGGCGACCUGAGGUAGAGAUGGAAGGGUCAGAGGAAGGUCUGGGACGCAGGCGCAGUUCUCGGAUCAUGGAAGAAACUAGCGGCAUGGAAGAAGAGGAAGAAGAAGAGGCUAUAACAGUUGUCCAUGGCCGUAAAAGUCGAAGAGAUGGAGAGGUUGAUGCUAUAUCAUCUAGCAUUCCGGAGUUAGAGCGUCAGAUAGAAAAACUCAGUAAGCGUCAGCUCUUCUUUCGCAAAAAGCUGCUAUACUCAUCUCAGAUGCUACGGGCAGUCUCCUUGGGUCAAGACCGUUACAGACGCCGUUACUGGGUAUUGCCAUAUUUGGCUGGAAUCUUUGUGGAAGGAUCUGAGGGGAGCUUAGUUCCUGAAGAUGUGAUAAAGCAGGAAACUGACUCCCUAAAGGUGGCAACCCAUCCAGCAUCCAGCCCUGCCCUCUUGUCUGUGAAGAAGGAGUUACCUGGCUCCAACACUCCUGCUGCUUCUCCUGCCCGGACCCGAGGCCGACCUCGAAAAACGAAGCCUGGCUCUAUGCAACCUAGGCACAUUAAGUCCUCUGCUAGGGGUCAGGAUUCAGAACCACCUCAGGCCCAGCUUCAGCCAGAGACUCAGUCCCAUCCUCAGCUUCUGGUUCCUCCCCAGCCCCAGCUUCAGUCCAAUCCUCAAUCCCAUAAUGGAUUUCUGGAGCCAGAAGGUUCCCCUUUGUCUUUGGGCCAGAGCCAGCAUGACCUUAGCCAGUCAGCCUUCCUGUCUUGGCUGAGCCAGACUCAGAGCCACGGCUCCCUGUUAAGUAGCUCAGUCCUCACACCCGAUAGCAGCCCAGGAAAACUAGACCCAGCCCCUUCACAACCCCCAGAGGAGCCAGAGCUUGAUGAGACAGAAUCUGGCCCUGAUCCUCAAGCACCCUGGUUUAGCUUCUCAGCCCAGAUACCCUGCAAUGCUGCCCCUACGCCACCCCCUGCAGUUUCUGAGGACCAACCCACUUCCUCUCCUCAGCUGUCUGCCUUUUCCAAGCCAAUGAAUAGACUCAGUGCUGCCAAUCCCUGUUUUCCAGUGCAGUUCUCUUCUACUCCCUUGCCCGGGGUGGUCCCUAAGAGGAGAGCAGGUGACUCUGGAGAAAUGUCACAGAGUCCCACAGGGCUAGGGCAGCCAAAACGGAGAGGGAGACCUCCUAGCAAGUUCUUCAAACAGAUGGAGCACCGAUACCUAUCCCAGUUGACAGCCCAGCCUGUCCCUCCUGAGAUGUGCUCAGGCUGGUGGUGGAUCAGAGAUCCUGAGACAUUGGAUGCAAUACUUAAGACUCUCCAUCCUCGAGGCAUCCGGGAGAAGGCACUUCACAAACACCUUAACAAGCACAGGGACUUCUUGCAGGAAGUCUGCUUACGGCCCUCAACUGAUCCCAUCUUUGAGCCCAGCCAGCUACCUGCCUUUCAAGAAGAGAUUAUGGGCUGGUCCCCCAAAGAGAAGACAUAUGAGACAGACCUAGCUGUGCUUCAGUGGGUAGAGGAGCUGGAGCAGCGAGUUAUCCUGUCUGAUCUGCAAAUUCGGGGCUGGACAUGUCCUAGCCCAGACUCUACCCGUGAAGAUUUGGCCUACUGUGAGCAUCUGCCUGACUCCCAGGAGGACAUCACCUGGAGAGGUCGGAUCAAGGAAGGACUGGUACCUCAGCGAAAAAGUACUAACCCUCUGGACCUGGCUGUGAUGCGACUGGCUGCCUUGGAACAGAAUGUGGAGCGACGGUACCUGCGGGAGCCUCUCUGGCCAGCCCAUGAGGUGGUGCUGGAGAAGGCCCUGCUCAGCACACCCAAUGGUGCCCCUGAGGGCACUACAACAGAGAUAUCAUAUGAGAUCACUCCUCGAGUUCGUGUCUGGCGUCAGACACUUGAGCGGUGCCGGAGUGCAGCCCAGGUGUGCUUGUGCAUGAGCCAGUUGGAGCGGUCCAUUGCCUGGGAGAAGUCUGUCAACAAAGUGACCUGUCUAGUCUGCCGGAAGGGUGACAAUGAUGAAUUUCUUCUGCUUUGUGAUGGAUGUGACCGUGGCUGCCACAUUUAUUGCCAUCGGCCCAAAAUGGAGGCUGUCCCAGAAGGUGAUUGGUUUUGUGCCGUCUGUUUGGCCCAGCAGGUAGAGGAAGAAUUCACUCAGAAGCCUGGCUUCCCAAAGCGAGGCCAGAAGCGGAAGAGUGGUUUUUCGCUGAACUUUCCAGAGGGUGAUAGCCGCCGACGCCGCGUACUAUCAAGGGGCCAAGAAAGCCCAGCAGUGCCUCGGUACUCAGAAGGACUUAGUGUGUCUCCUUCCAAGCGGCGGCGAUUCUCAAUGCGGAGCCAGCACAGAGAUCUUACGUUCUGCGAGAUUAUCCUGAUGGAGAUGGAGUCCCAUGAUGCAGCCUGGCCUUUCCUGGAGCCUGUGAACCCACGCUUGGUGAGCGGGUACCGACGCAUCAUCAAGAACCCUAUGGAUUUCUCCACCAUGCGGGAACGGCUGCUCCGGGGAGGGUAUACCAGCUCAGAGGAGUUUGCAGCUGAUGCCCUCUUGGUCUUUGACAACUGCCAGACCUUCAAUGAGGAUGACUCUGAAGUUGGCAAGGCUGGGCACAUCAUGCGCCGCUUCUUUGAGAGCCGCUGGGAGGAGUUUUAUCAGGGAAAACAGGCCAAUCUGUGAGGCAAGGGAGGUGUGGCAUUUUCCCCUCCUUCCAACAGAAAAACCUGCCAUUCUCACCUGCUGAUGCUGCCCUGGGUCCAGACUCAAGUCAGAUAAUAGCCCUGACUUUUGACCCUGCCCUUGGCAGCACCCACGUCCUCUUGUCCCCAGUUCCCUUUUUUCCCUUCCUCUCUUGCUCCUCAAGUAAGAGGUGCAGAGAUGAGGUCCUCCUGGACUGAAAGCCAAAAAAGAAAGAAAGAAAAAUAAUUUUUCUUUUCUGUUUUAUUUCCUGAUUAAAAAAUGGGGAGGGGAAAGAAGUCCCUAUUUCCUCUUCCCAGCUUCCUCUCCUUCCCUGUUCAUGCCCCAGCAUUCUGGGGUUAUUUAACAAUAGCAAUAGUUCUAGUGAAUGUGUGAAACCGAGAAACACUCUGUACUGUGUGCGGACCCGCAGUGACGGCCAGUAAAGUGGACUUAACUCCCAAGUGUGUCGAGCCGGACACCGGGCCCUGAACAUGCUGCUUCCAUGUUCAGUCUCUUCCCUGCUUCUCACUUUCUCUCUUUUUUUUCUUUUUCCUUUCCUCCCACCCCAUUUUUCAGAUUUUUCUCUCAUCCAAUAAUAUAAAACUUAUCGUGUACGGGUUCUUUCCUCCCCAAUCUUUUUCUCCUUCAAAAGAAAAAAAAAAGUUCAGAGGUCCCUGUCUUUCUCUGUCCUCAUCUUCCUGCCAAUAACUAUCCUUCUAAAAUGUUGUAUCCUCCUCACAUGCUGAGUUUCCAGCCUUUUCUGAAACUCAGUGGCUGGGGAGAGGGCAGGCAGGCACCCUGAGCCUUCCAGCCUCCUUCCCAAAUCUCCCUCUUGGGAACUCCUCAGGGACAACUACUGCUGAGUUGGGGUGCACCUCCGAAGUGGAGGCCAAGUAGCAAUUGACUGGCCUCAGAGAAAGGAAGAGAGAAAGGCAUUGUGUUUGCACGUAUGUGUGCAUGUAAAAGUGUGUGUGUGUGUGUGUGUGUGAGAGAGAGAGAGAGCUAGACACCCAAGAUAGAGUGAGCAAGCAAGUGUGAGUGACCCUGUUUUGUUUGAUAGGAUCCAUUCAGUCUCCCCAAGUGUCUGUUUCUAUUCCCACCUUUCCUAUUGUUGCAUACUAAUACUUUUAUCUUUGGGAAACCACAGGAACUCUUUGUCUGGGGACAAGGCUGUCUCUCUCCUCUCUCCUGGUCAUUUCUCUUCCAUCCUCUUCAAACUGUGCAAUCUUUCAGCAGGAACUCCCUCUCCUCUCAGUAGCUUUGAGUCUGAAGCUUUUGCAGGGAGAAGGGUAGAACUGGAUCUUUCCUAACCCAUGACCAUCCAUGGGUUUAGUUGUGUUUUCUUCAUCUACUUCAUAGCCCAUACCCCUUCCCUAGCAGCAGAGACCCUGGAGGACAGGAGAGGCUGGGAGGAGGGGUUUUGGGUCCACAACUGCCCUAUGUGUGACUGUGCCCAAAGUAAGCCCCCAAUAUGUGAGAGGAAAGCUGCUAACUCCAAACUAUAGCCAUGGGCCUCUGGCCCCCUGCUUUCCUGCUCAGCAGAGCCCCUUCCAUUAGAGAUUACGGGUACUUGCACUGGGGAGGUGGCUGCUGGCUGGCCUAAGCAGAGAGCUGAGGCAUCCAAGAAAUGUUCCAUUGGGGGGGGGGGGCACCAGGCAAGAUGGAGCGUUCCUUAUACUUAUGGCAGCACUGAGGGGGUGGGGCAGUGUAGGUCCUGGGCAGUCCCUUUAUCCUUUAUGUCCCUUCUCCCCCCAUAGCCUAUUUCUAAAGUCGCCUUUUCUGUCAGAUAAACCUCAAAACUUUUAAUUUUAUUUGAGAUUUUUUUUUGCUUUUAAAUAAGAGGUGGAUUGAAGAAUAUUUGAAUUGACUUUAUAUUAUGCAUAAAUAUUUAUAUUUUAUCUAAAUAACUGCGCCGUAACAAAUUUUGUGUUAGAUGUUUGGAACUGUUAUAGUUGGGGGCUCCACUUUUCUCCCCAUGGCAAUUUUCCUGGCCUAAAAUGUCCUACUAGAGUAAUUCAUGGUUGGCGGUGAGGUGGAGACAGGGAGUGAAGUCUCAGUUGUUCCUGCUUUGUGUUCCUCUCCCGGCUCCAUCUCUCCUUAGGGACCAGGCACUCUUAAAAUGGGGUGGAGUCCUAGACUCAGUUUGAAGAAGUCAGGGCUGCAGAGGGUGUGGGGAUAAGGCAUGAUCAGAGGAGCCAUUUUUUUCCUCAUCCUCACUGCCCCCUGGAGUUAGGUGGAUUUUCCAUAUUGUGUAUUUGCUAAGGAAGGCAGGUUAAGGUAAAAGGACAGCCCACCCCCAGCCCCUCUGUUUCCCUCCCCAUUAGUCUGGUAACAGCUUAAAAAAAAACCACACCAUCAACACCAAGUUUCAAUGUUCCUUUUACAACAAAAGGGACUGACUUUUUAUAUAACCAAAUGUGGUGUUUUAGUGACUUUUUGAUAAUGUACAGUUUUUUGUGAAUUUAAAUUUAUUUCUUUCUAUAUUUUUAGGACCAAUCUCAUUUUUAAUAAGGUUUAAAAAAGGAAAAAAAAAGCCUAGAGAAAAAAAACAACCUGUUUUUGCCAUGUGAUGUUCCACAAGUGCAGCUGUAGAAAAGUGCUUGUCAGUUGAAUAAAAACCACAUUUGAUAGAGA